CGUGGGGAAAGCCGUGCCAUGGCCGCGCUGUUGAGACCUGCCGGCCGCCUCCUGGGCGCCGGAGCCACGCCGCGCCUCCCGCUCUCGCUGCGUCUCCUCGCGAGCGGUCCCUGCCGGCCCUUGGCUGCCCCCUGUCCGCCGGCCGUUCGCGCCUGGCCGGUUGCGGGAGAACUGCUGAGCCAAACCAGACUGUAUUCCAUUGUUGCUGAAAAAAAGAGUGUUCUUCAAGAGGAGCCUACAAUUUCUCCUAGUAGGAAUGCCAAGCAAUUUGAUUGGGCUCUAAUGAGACUGGAUAAUUCUGUCCGGAGAACUGGCCGAAUUACAAAGGGGCUUCUGCAAAAAGUCUUUGAUAGCACAUGUCGCUCAGAUAACCCAAGUGGAAAUCAAGCCUUGCUUCUGUUGCGCAGCUGUGGUUCUCUCUUGCCUGAACUGAGCUUUACAGAACGGACAGAAUUUGCUCAUACUAUAUGGGAUAAACUUCAGAAAUUGGGUGCUGUGUAUGACGUAAGUCAUUACAAUGCUUUACUUAAAGUCUAUCUUCAAAAUGAAUAUAAAUUCUCACCUACUGAUUUUUUGACAAAAAUGGAAGAAGCAAACAUUCAACCAAAUCGAGUGACAUAUCAGAGGCUGAUUGCUGCUUACUGUAGUGUAGGAGAUAUUGAAGGUGCCAGCAAGAUUCUUGGAUUUAUGAAAACUAAGGAUCUUCCAAUCACAGAGGCUGUGUUCAGUGCUCUUGUUACGGGGCACGCAAGAGCUGGAGAGAUGGAGAAUGCAGAAAAUAUUCUCACAGUGAUGAAAGAUGCUGGAAUUGAGCCUGGUCCAGACACAUAUGUAGCAUUAUUGAAUGCAUAUGCUGAGAAGGGUGACAUUAACCAUGUAAAGCAGACUCUGGAGAAGGUGGAGAAGUCUGAUCUUUACCUCAUGGACCGUGAUUUAUUGCAAGUUAUCUUUAGCUUCAGUAAAGCUGGGUAUCCUCAGUAUAUCUCAGAAAUUUUGGAAAAAAUUACCUAUGAAAGAAGAUAUAUUCCAGAUGCAAUGAACCUCAUUCUGCUUUUAGUCACUGAGAAACUGGAAGAUACAGCCUUGGAAAUUUUACUAGCAUGCCCUAUAUCAAGAGAAGACAAUUCGGUUGACUUUGGCAGCUUCUUCCUACGACACUGUGUGACUAUGAAUACGCCUAAAGAGAAGCUGAUCAACUACUGUAGGAAGUUAAAGGAAGCCAGGAUGCACACUUCUCCUUUGCAGUUUACUCUCCACUGUGCUUUAACAACCCAUAAAACUGAUUUGGCAGUAGCUGUAAUGAAGGCUUUGAAGGAAGAUGGCUUUCCUCUCAGAACACACUAUUUCUGGCCAUUGCUAGUAGCACAUAAGAAGGAGAAAAAUGUUCAAGGUAUAAUUGAUGUCCUCAAAGUAAUGUAUGAAUUUGGAGUACAUCCUGAUCAGGAGACAUACGUAAAUUAUGUCUUUCCAUCCUUUGAUAGUAUAAAGUCAGUACGUGCUCUUUUGGAGGAAAAUAAAUGUCUACCUAAAAGUAAUACUUUUUCUCAAGCUGAAAUCCGAAGUGAAGCAAUAAAUGGGAACUUAGACUACAUUCUAUCUUGUUUGGAAUCCAGUACAUUGCCUUUCUCAUUCAAUUCUCUGAGAGGCAGCCUAAUUCUAGGCUUUAGAAGGUCUAUGAAUGUAGAUCUUUGGAGCAAGAUAACAGAAUUGUUGUACAAGAAUGGACGUUAUUGCCAGGAGCCUCCAGGACCAACGGAAGCUGUUGGCUAUUUUCUUUAUAACUUGAUUGACAGCAUGAGUGACUCAGAGGUACAGGCCAAGGAGGAGCAUUUGAGACAAUACUUCCAUCAGCUGAAGGAGAUGAACAUAAAAAUUUCUGAAAAUAUCUACAGAGGCAUUCGUAAUCUACUGGAUAGCUACCAUGUUCCUGAAUUGAUUAAGGAUGUUAAAUUGUUGGUUGAUAGAGAGAAGAUAGACUCUCAAAAAACUUCACAACUUACAUCAUCUGAUUUAGAGUCUACACUUGAACAACUGAAAGCUAAAAAUCAACCUAUUGGAGAUACCCUAAAGCAACUAAUACUAAUGCUUUGUUCAGAAGAGAAUAUGCAGAAAGCUCUUGAAUUAAAAGAAAAAUAUGAAUCAGACAUGGUUAUUGGUGGUUAUGCAGCUUUAAUAAAUUUGUGCUGUCGACAUGCUAAUGCCGAAGAUGCAUUGAGCUUGAAACAACAAUUUGAUCGCUUAGAUUCUUCUGCAGUCCUUGACACUAACAAGUAUAUUGGUCUUGUAAAAGUAUUGGGAAAGCACGGAAAGCUCCAAGAUGCUAUUAACAUUCUAAAGGAGAUGAAAGAGAAGGAUGUUCUUAUCAAAGAUUCAACAGUCUUGUCCUUUUUCCACAUCCUAAAUGGCGCAGCUUUAAGAGGUGAAAUUGAAACAGUAAAACAGUUGCAUGAAGCUAUCGUGACUCUAGGGUUAGCAAAACCAUCUACCAGCAUAAGUUUCCCAUUGGUCACUGUACAUCUGGAAAAGAAUGACUUACCUGCUGCUCUUGAAGCUACCAUUGACUGCUAUGCAAAGUAUAAAAUAUUACCCAGGAUUCAUGAUGUCUUAUGUAAAUUGAUAGAGAAAGGCGAGACUGAUCUAAUCCAGAAAGCAAUGGACUUUGUGAGCCAAGAACAAGGUGAAAUGACAAUGCUCUAUGAUCUUUUCUUUGCCUUCCUGCAAACAGGAAAUUACAAAGAGGCCAAGAAGAUCAUUGAGACUCCGGGCAUUAGAGCUAGACCUUCAGCACUUCAGUGGUUUUGUGAGAGAUGUAUUACCAGCAAUCAGGUUGAAACUCUAGAAAAAUUAGUGGAGCUUACACAGAAGUUAUUUGAAUGUGACAGAGACCAGAUGUACUACAGUCUGCUGAAACUGUACAAAAUAAAUGGUGACUGGCAAAGAGCUGAUGCUGUCUGGAAUAAAAUGCAAGAAGAAAAUGUUAUUCCUCGUGAAAAGACAUUAAGAUUGCUGGCAGAAAUCCUUAGAAACAGUAAUCAAGAAGUUCCAUUUGAUGUUCCUGAGUUGUGGUAUGAAGAUGAGAAACAAAAGCUGAGUUCUUCAUCACCAUCACCUGUUGGAGCUAAUAUUGAGAAAGAUGUGUUGAAAGCCUGUCAUUCUAGGAGAAACAAAGAUGCAUAUAAUAUUUUCCUGAGAGCACAAAAGCAAAAUACUGUGUUUAGCAGUGAAACUUACGACACUCUUAUAAAGUUUCUGUUGAAGGAUAAUUUUGUACAAGCAAUGGAAGUGAAAGAUUUCGCUGAGACCCACAUCAAGGGCUUCACACUGAACGAUGCUGCCAACAGCCUCCUCAUCAUAACGCAAGUUAGGCGGGAUUAUUUGAAAGGGGCUCUAGCAACUCUACAAACAUCUGUGAAUUUGCAGCAGACCCCUUCUAGGUUAGCUGUGACCCGCCUUAUCCAGGCUUUGGCCCUUAAGGGUGACAUUCAAAGCAUAGAAGCCAUUCAGAAGAUGGUAGAUGGACUUGACUCAAUUGGACUCUCAAAUAUGGUUUUCAUCAAUAACAUUGCUUUGGCCCAAAUCAAGAACAAUAAGAUAGAUGUAGCUAUAGAAAACAUUGAAAAUAUGCUUACUUCAGAGAACCAACUGAUACAACCUCAGUACUUUGGCUUGUCAUAUUUAUUCAGAAAAGUAAUAGAGGAGCAGCUAGACCCAGCAAUGGAAAAGUUAAGCAUCAUGGCAGAGAGGUUGGCCAAUCAGUUUGCAAUUUACAAACCCGUCACUGAUCUUUUCCUCCAGCUGGUAGAGUUGGGCAAGGUGGAUGAUGCCAGAGCACUCUUACAGAGAUGUGGUGCAAUUGCUGAACAAAGCUCGAUUCUGUCGGUGUUCUGUGUCAGGACUUCUCAGAAACAAGGAAAGGCACCAGUAUUAAAGACUCUGUUAGAACUGAUUCCUGAAUUAGUUGAAAAGGAAGAAGCAUACUGUUCCGCUAUGAAAAGCUAUGUCUUGGACAAAGAUGUGGCAUCUGCUAAAGCACUGUACGAGCAGUUAACUGCAAGGAACACAAAAUUGAAUGAUUUAUUUCUAAAGCGUUACGCACUUCUACUGAAGAAUGCUGGAGAAUCUGUCCCUUUCACUGAACCCCCUGAAAGCUUUGAAUUUUAUGCAAAGCAACUUAAGGAAUCAAAGGAAACCCCUUCAUGAAGUAAUCAACCUAUACUGUUUUGUGUGUAUUUGUGAACCUAUGUCUACAUGUUAUUUUUAAGAUGUAUUUGAGAAUAAAUUAAAUAAA